CAAACCCUAAGAGCCUUCACCCUGAAAAACUUGUAUAUAUUAGCUGCCGCAACUCCAUGGCAGCAAAUCUGGGACGGUCGACCGAAAACCCUAAUUUUCGGAGGUAAGGAGGAAAAGAAGAAAUGGCGGUGCCGCUUCUAAGUAAGAAAAUCGUGAAGAAGAGGGUCAAGAAGUUCAAGAGACCCCAGAGCGACCGCAAAAUCUCCGUUAAGACAAACUGGCGUAGACCAAAGGGUAUUGAUUCUCGUGUCAGAAGAAAGUUCAAGGGAUGUACGUUGAUGCCCAAUAUUGGCUAUGGUUCAGACAAGAAGACCCGACACUAUCUUCCAAAUGGCUUUAAGAAAUUUGUCGUGCACAAUGUUGGAGAGCUUGAACUGUUAAUGAUGCACAACAGGACAUAUUGUGCCGAGAUUGCCCAUGAUGUUUCAACAAAGAAGAGAAAGGAGAUUGUGGAACGGGCAGCCCAGCUUGAUGUUGUUGUUACGAACAAGCUUGCUAGGCUGCGCAGCCAAGAAGAUGAAUGAGAUUAAGCUUGUCUUUUAUGUUUAUCUUUGAGCUUUGUUUGCGUUUCUUAUAAAUUUUUGGUAAUUUUGUUGCUUUAGAUGUGGCGAUAACAUUCUCAACCGGGAUUUUGUUUGUAUCACGGGAAUUAUGACUACAAUUACAACCUAUGUUUCAUGAAUUCUCAUAUCUAUAAGCACACGUUAUGCAUUUGUGCGAA